AUGACAUUUUUUAAUUUACUUCGCAUUAAAAAUCUAUCAAAAAUUGUUAACAAAACGAAUAUUUGCCAUACGAAAACAUAUUCUUCACAUGUUAAAUAUGCAGAGCAUAAACCAUUGGAAAAAAUUAGAAACAUAGGUAUUUCAGCUCAUAUAGACUCUGGUAAAACUACUCUUACUGAGCGAAUAUUAUUUUACACAGGAAGGAUUGAUGUUAUGCAUGAGGUAAAAGGGAAAGACAAUGUUGGUGCAGUGAUGGAUUCAAUGGAGCUAGAACGACAGAGGGGUAUCACAAUCCAAUCAGCUGCUACAUACACUAUAUGGAAAGAGCAUAAUAUCAAUAUCAUCGAUACACCAGGCCAUGUUGAUUUCACAGUAGAGGUUGAAAGAGCUUUAAGGGUUUUGGACGGUGCCAUAUUGGUUUUAUGCGCAGUCGGUGGAGUUCAGAGUCAAACACUUACCGUCAACAGACAAAUGAAACGUUACAAUGUGCCUUGCCUCGCAUUUAUAAAUAAAUUGGAUAGAUUGUCUGCUAAUCCAGAAAGAGUGCUAAAACAAAUGCGUUCGAAACUAAAUCAUAAUGCCGCCUUUCUGCACUUGCCUAUUGGUCUAGAAAAAGAUUGUCAAGGUAUACUAGACCUAGUUGAAGAGAAGGCAAUGUAUUUUGAUGGUGAUUAUGGUGAGAAGGUCCGCUUGGAUGAAAUACCGCAAAACUAUAGAGUUGAAGUAAAGGAAAGGCGUCAUGAACUAAUAGAACAUCUAUCUAAUGUGGAUGACAAAUUGGGUGAACUGUUCUUGGAGGAGAAGACGCCCACCAUUGAUGAUCUAAAACACGCAAUACGUCGCUCAACCUUGAAACGAGUGUUCACACCAGUGCUUUUGGGGACCGCCCUGAAGAACAAAGGGGUCCAACCGUUGCUCGACGCUGUGCUGGAUUAUCUACCGCAUCCCGGCGAAGUCGAGAACACGGCCAUUUUAAAUGAGAAGAAGAGUGCCGGCGCGCAAAAUAUACUUCUGGAUCCCGCUAGGAAUGGAGACAAGCCGUUCGUGGGGCUCGCCUUCAAAUUGGAACUGAGCAAGUUCGGCCAAUUAACCUAUCUCAGAUGCUACCAGGGUAUGCUGAAGCGUGGCGAAAAUAUUUAUAACGCCAGGACCGGGAGAAAGGUCAAAAUCUCCCGCUUGGUUAGAAUGCACUCUAACAAUAUGGAGGAGGUGAACGAGGUGCUGGCCGGCGAUAUAUUCGCACUUUUCGGCGUCGACUGCGCCUCCGGAGAUACGUUCGUCAACGACGUGAAAUUGGACCUGUCGCUGGAGUCGAUCCACGUACCCGACCCCGUGGUGUCGAUGUCGAUAAAGCCGAAGAACAAUAAGGAUAGGGACAAUUUCUCCAAGGCUGUCGCGAGGUUCACCAAAGAGGACCCCACUUUCCACUUCCGCUACGACGGCGACAACAAGGAGACAAUUGUAUCGGGCAUGGGCGAGCUCCAUUUGGAGAUAUACGCGCAGAGGAUGGAGAGGGAAUACAACUGUCCCGUUGAGCUGGGCAAACCUAAGGUCGCUUUCAGGGAAACAAUGAUGUCACCGUGCCAAUUCGACUAUCUUCACAAGAAGCAGUCCGGUGGUGCCGGCCAGUACGCCAGGGUCAUCGGAAUCAUGGAACCGCUUCCGCCGCAACAAAACACAAUGCUCGAGUUUGCGGACGAAACGGUGGGCACGAACGUCCCGAAGCCGUUCGUGCCCGGCGUGGAGCGCGGCUUUCUGGACACGUGCCAGAAGGGCUUCCUCUCCGGCCACAAGGUGUCCGGCGUUAAGUUCCGGCUGCAGGACGGCGCCCACCACAUCGUGGACUCCAGCGAGCUGGCCUUCUUCCUCGCCGCCAAGGGCGCCGUCAAAGAGGUGUUCGAGGACGGCGCGUGGCAACUCCUGGAGCCGAUCAUGUUCGUGGAGGUGAACAUGCCCGAGGAGUUCCACGGAACAGUGGUGGGCCAGCUGAACAAGAGGGGGGGCAUCGUCACUGGCACCGAGGGCUCCGAAGGGUGGACGACCAUCUACGCGGAGGUGCCGCUCAACAACAUGUUCGGCUACGCCGGCGAGCUGAGAUCGAUGACACAAGGCAAAGGCGAAUUCAGCAUGGAGUACAGUCGCUAUUCACCUUGCUUACCUGAAGUCCAAGAGCAGCUGAUCAGGAAGUACCAAGAAGAAACCGGCACGUUGCCCGAACAAAAGAAGAAAAAGAAU